GGGCCUGGAGGAGAAGAGGGAGGGAGGCAGGGAGGAAGGACUGCCUGCUCUUAAGGCGGGUCUGGAGGUGAACCACACCUCCGCUUAGUCCUCACCUGGACUUUGAGAAGUCUUGGUCUCAGGAGCCAGGAGUGAACACAGCGGUCUGCCUGCCCUGGUUACCAGGUCCCGGGCGUUCCUGGUUGGCAAGUGACUUCUCUGGGGUGUAAGUGAGGCUGGUUUGAAGCUAGAGGUAAACCAAAGGUCACUGUCUCCACCAUGUCGCAAGUGAUGUCCAGUCCCCUGCUGGCAGGAGGCCAUGCAGUUGGCUUGACUCCCUGUGAAGAACCCAGGAGGGCCCUGCAUCCAGCACCCAGCCCCAGCCUACCACCCCAGUGUCCUUACUAUACCACAGAAGGCUGGGGAGCCCAGGCCCUGAUGGCUCCUACGCCUUACAAGGGACCACCCAGCAGGUGCCAGCAGGGCCCACAGCCUGGAGCCAAAGCCAGCUGCCUGUUACAGUCCCCUGGUGAGCAGGCCUCGGGGACCCUGGAGGACCUUGACUCCUACAUCGACUUCUCACUGGAGAGCCUCAACCAGAUGAUUCUAGAACUGGACCCCACCUUCCAGCUGCUCCCCUCAGGAGCUGGUAGCCCCUGGGCUGAGCCCACCAAGAACACUACCUCGAGGAUAAAGAAAGACGAGCCUGAAGCCUUGGACAUAAAGUACAUCGAAGUGACCUCCACCAGAUCAAGGUGUCACGAUGGCCCCCAGUGCUGUUCCAGCCCAUCUGUCACCCCACCUUUUGGCUCCCCACGCAGUGGUGGCCUCCUCCUUUCCAGAGACAUCCCCCGAGAAACUCGAAGCAGCAGCGAGAGCCUCAUCUUCUCUGGGAGCCAGGGCAGGGGGCACCAGCGCCCCCCUCCCUCUUCUGGGGCUCCCUCCUCUCAUCCCUCACCCUCUCCCAGUAUCUCCAUCCCCUGCAUGGGGAAUAAGGCCUCAGGCCCCCAAGGCUUGGGCUCCCCACUGGCAGUUUCUCCAGGCUUAGAGAAGGGGUUGGGUGGCCUGGCCCCACAGCGGGGCAGCAGAAUGUCUGUGUUGUCAGCCAGCCCAGCAUCUGAUGUCAGCUACGUGUUUGGAAGCAGCCAGUCCCUCCUCCAUUCCAGUAUGUCCAGCCAUCAAUCAUCUUCUAGAUCCUUGGAAAGCCCAGCCAGCUCUUCUUCCAGCCUCCACAGCCUUGGCCAAGUGUCCCUGUGUACAAAAGCCAGUGAUUUCCAAGCCCCCAGCAACCACACCCCAAAUAUGGGCCAGCCCAGAGCAACCCACUCCUCACCACUGGCCAAAGAACAUGCCAGCAGCUGCCCACCAUCCAUCACCAACUCCAUGGUGGACAUACCCAUUGUGCUGAUCAACGGCUACCCAGAACCAGGGUCUCCCCCAUCCCAGCAGAUUCUAGGAUGCCAGGACUUUGUCCGACCUGGGGCCACUUCUUCCAGCAAUUCUUGUCCAGCCACCAGGAGCCAUAGCCAGACCCUGCCAGAUGCCCCUCUCAUCACCUCCUCGGAGGGUCCUACCAGGGACAUGCAGCCCACCAUGAAGUUUGUGAUGGACACAUCUAAAUACUGGUUUAAGCCAAGCAUCACCCGGGAACAAGCAAUCGAACUGCUGAGGAAGGAGGAGCCAGGGGCUUUCAUCGUGAGGGACAGUUCUUCCUACCGAGGCUCCUUCGGCCUUGCCUUGAAGGUACAGGAGGCCCCUGCACCUAGCCCCAACCGAUCAGGUGAGGAAAACAGUGACCUCAUCCGCCACUUCCUAAUCGAGUCUUCCGCCAAAGGGGUACAUCUCAAAGGAGCAGAUGAAGAACCCUACUUUGGGAGCCUCUCUGCCUUUGUGUGCCAGCAUUCCAUCAUGGCCCUGGCCCUGCCCUGCAAACUUACCAUCCCACAGAAAGAAUUGGGAGGUGGAGAUUCCUCAGACCCCACUACAGACAGCCGAGCCUCCUGCCUGAAGAAAUCUGCAGGCUGCCAUGCCCUGUACCUGACCUCCGUGAGUGUAGAGAGCCUGAGUGGAGCCCUGGCCGUGCGGAAGGCCAUCUCAACCACCUUUGAGAGAGACGUCCUCCCCACACCCACCGUGGUCCACUUCAAAGUCACUGAGCAAGGCAUCACCCUGACUGAUGUCCAGAGGAAGGUGUUUUUCCGGCGCCAUUACCCCCUCGCCACCCUCCGCUUCUGUGGCAUGGACCCUGAGCAACGGAAGUGGCAAAAGUACUGCAAGCCCUCCUGGAUCUUCGGGUUUGUGGCCAAGAGCCAGACAGAGUCACAGGAGAAUGUGUGCCACCUGUUCGCGGAGUACGACACGGUCCAGCCAGCCUCCCAGGUCAUCAGCCUGGUGGGUACUCUGCUGCAGGACACAGAAAGGAUGUAGAGGGAGGGAGCUUCCUGUGCACCUUCCCAGACAUCCUAAGGGGCUGGAACCCCUGAAUGGGAGCCGUGGCCACACUAAUGAGCCAAUUUAUUGGACUGGAGGAGAAUGAUACCAAGUGGAAACCCUAUGACCUUCAGCAAUGACCUUCAUCCAGACCAAACUGUGUCUCAGUUUCCUCAACCAUAAAAAGAGGCCAAUAGACAAGAGCAGCUGUUCUUCUCAGACUUUGACAGGCAUCUAAACAAGCUUCUUGUGAUUCUGAAGCACACCCACAUCUGAGGACCCCUGACUCCAUCAACUUGGACACUACCAGCACAGCAGCCUGAGUUAGAGACCUGGACUCUGUCAUGGCAAAUAGCAGGUGCUGGAUCAGGACCCAUGGGCUCCUAGUCCACGGCUGACCUGAGAGAGAUGAUGUACAAGGAUUGAGGAUGUACAAGGACGGAUGGACAGACUCAACUUCCCUCCAUAUCUGUUCCUUUCCCUGCUUCUGUAAUGGCUUCUUUGGCAGCUGUUCCCAGGACAAAGCAGGAUCUGCCCACCCUGGAUUCUUAGGCCUAUGUGGCCAUAGUUGUCAGGGUAGCUUAGAAAGGGGGAACUGGUCCCCAAGGUCAGAGACCACCCAGCUACCCUCACAUUCUUGAUGUCUAGCCUUUGCCAUUGCAAAUUAGUAUCAGCCCCAUCUUUUCUUUCAAUUUUUUGGUAAGGGUCCUCCAGCUGGUGUCACAACUGCCCUCAUGUUACUUUUGUAACCCACAGGAGGGAGGUGGGGGGCAGGGAGACCGCCUGCGCUCUAGAGCAGACACAAGGGUCAGCUUUCUCUGGUUCUGUCUCAGCUCCAGCCUUGCUGAGUGCCCCCUGCUCCCCAAAACACACACAUAGACACAUAGACAGGCACAGCAGUAGGGCGUCUACUGGCCUCACAACCACACAGGGGCAGCAGAGAGUCAUGAAUACAAACAGGCAGUCAACUCAAGAGGUUUGGAGAAUCUGGGCGGUCUUUUCCCCACCCCCACUUCCAUCAAGACUCCCAAGAAGUUGGAAUAGUUUGUCUAACAGGCCUGGGGUCCUAAGAAAACCACACCAUGAGGAUGGAAGAGGAGGCUGAGAAGAAGCCCACUUUUGUUCUAUAAGGAGCAAGUGCCCGCCCCCUCCCAGCUGUAGGCCCUGCCACAGCAUCAUUGUCAUUAUCUUUGGCCGUAGUUGGGUCUGAUGGAUUAUAUGAUUUCAACCCAGGAAGCCAAACCGGACUGAAGCUGCCCUGGGCUAGCAGGACUGGCUGAGAGCAGCCCACUCAGCCUGUGCUGGAGAGUACAGCACACUAGACAAGUUCUCAAGGUCAUAUUCAGGAGGGAGAGCCUCCCCUCCUUGUACCCAUGAGUGCCUUUGUAGUUCCCAUGGAAAAUAAAGUGUCUGUCUUGGCAUCACA